UCAAGUUAAGAUUGAGGAAAUAGAGUUUUCGUCAAUUGACUACCAUGACUCGAUUACUUGGUUCUUGACAUUAGUGUCACAAAGCUUCGACACCGAAUACUCGUAUUCCGCAAUGGUCCAGUUGGUCUGAUCACCGCCAGUUUUCAUGUCAUAUAAGUAAGAUCUGAUGCACCUAUCUCAUUGUUAAGAGACUGAAGAUAACAUUCACAUCCUAAUUACUCUUCGUCGUCUUUCACUUCUUGAACAUCACUCAUUUACAUUACCUCAACACUCAUUCAUCAUGCAUGCGUCUACUGUCCUCGCCAUCCUUACAGCCUCUGCUGUUCAACUCGUCGCCGCGAGUGGUUUCGCGUCGACAUGCAGCGACAUGACCUACUCGGGCACCACGUUCAACGCGAAGUGCAAGAACAACUUUGUUGAUCCCUACUUCGAGGACGCCCCCAUCGACUUGUCAAAGUGCCUUGCCAACAUCGGGGGCAAGGUUGUCUGCCGUCCUAAGAGCCCAUCCUUCAAGUUUUGUGACUGCGGUCUCGGCAGUGACAAGAAGAUUUUGAACUGCCGUUGCACCGACUCUACUGGAGCUAAGCAGCCUUCUUCUUUGAACCUUGAUACCUGCUUGACCAACAACGACGGAAACUUGUCUUGCUAAAGCCUCGUGCCGGCUACAGCUGAAUUUGG